AUGAGCUACAAUACGGGAACUAACAUGAGGACUCUGGGACUGAUUAUUUUUGCUCUGCUGCUGCUGACAGCCAGCCAAGCCAAUGAUACAGACGUGCAGAGAUGGACAUGCGGAUACCGAGGGCUAUGCAGGAAGCACUGCUAUGCACGGGAGUAUAUGAUUGGUUAUCGAGGCUGCCCUCGCAGAUACAGGUGCUGUGCUUUGCGAUUUUAACAUUUGCGAAGAAGCUCCUGCUUGCCAAGACUGCGUGCAGAACCUGCUGUGUUGAUUUACAAAUGUUAGCAUAAUAGCGCGGUCGCAUUUGUGAAAUUCAAGGUCUGCCGUCAACAACAAGCAGUUUCUGUUGGUCAGUGCUACAAAUUCCAGUGACCACCUUGAACAUGAGCAGAUUCUGCAAUGGGAACUUUUCCUACAAAAUCGAAACUGUCGAUCAUUCAUAUUUGAAAUUUGCUGAAUUCCUAUCUGAUUUCCCCUUCGAAAUUGAGCAGAGCUACUAUAAAUGUGACCGCACAUGAAGAAUGAUUUAUGCUGCAAAAUGUAA